CUUCUCUCUUCCCCCAAUCGGUUUUUGAAGCGUCGCAGGUGACGACGACGACGACAACGACGACGAUGAUGAUGAUAACCCCCUCCCCGGUUCCCGUGCAAGGGAAUUCGCGCAUUAUGCUCGUUGGUGGAAACCGGCGUUCUGACCUCGCUCUCUUCGCCCGGCUGUUCCGAAUCCCCGAGAUAUUCCCCCAAAACCAUAAACCACAUUGGAGAGAAUAUAAUCAUGGCCCUUGCUGUGUGUCCUGCCCUGCCAUGCCGAGGCUGACCCCUCCACCUCCCUCCAAAAAUGGCAAACAAGGCCCCAAGAGAACCCCUAAUACCCCAAUACUGAACAAUACCGGUAGUGAAAAGUCAAAAUAAUAAUAAUACCAUUAGCCGAACAGUCAAUGUAGCACUCGGGGAAACCGGCUCAGGCAAGUUUUGUGACACACACACACACACACGCACACAUGUCGUCGGUCGAUCCCCCUUACCCCUUCCGCUUUCUCUUCCAAUGCGCC